AGACUAAAGAAUCAAUUACACAACCAAACCUAAUGACAUAAGGCAUUUCUUAUUGACGCUAUCACAAGAACGGUGGUUUUAUGAUCAAAGAGAAUACAUCCAGCUUCUUUCUCGAUCUGGACGUAACAUUGAUUCUCUCUCAAGAUGGGUGUUCUGAAAUCACUAACCAUCGUCGCGAUGGUUCUCGGUUGCCUUUGUACGACCAUGGGUGAUGAUCCCGAGUAUGUAUACCCUGAUGAUUGGAAUGAUCCAAACAGAGAUUCAUUCCUCUACGGAACCUUUCCAGAUGAUUUCAUAUUCAGUUCAGCGACAUCAGCUUACCAGAUCGAAGGAGGUUGGAACACCGAUGGGAAGGGAGAAAGCAUCUGGGAUAACUUCACCCACGAAGGAGGCCAUGUUUAUCGCAAUAGUAAUGGUGAUAUUUCUUGUGACAGUUACAAUAAGUACAAGGAAGACGUUGCUUUAAUGGCUGCCAUGGGUUUGAAAUAUUAUCGGUUUUCAAUCGCUUGGUCACGCAUCCUUCCACAAGGCACUAUCAACAACAUCAAUGAGGCAGGUAUCAACUUCUAUCAAAGCCUUAUCGAUGAGAUGGCUGCCAACGGUAUCAAGCCUAUGAUCACCCUCUAUCAUUGGGAUCUUCCUCAAGCACUGCAAGACAUUGGUGGUUGGGACAAUCCGGACAUCGUACAACACUUCAAGAACUAUGCCGAGCUCUGCUUCCAGAGGUUCGGGGAUCGAGUCCCCCUCUGGAUCACAUUCAAUGAGCCUUGGAUUGUGACUCUGUUUGGGUAUGGCACGGGUCAGUUUGCUCCAGGAAUCUCAGAGAUUGCAUACACUCCGUACAGAGUUACCCAUAAUAUCAUAAAGUCUCAUGCUGCAGCUUACCAUGCCUACAACGACACCUACAAACCUUUCCAGAAUGGACAAUUAGGUAUCACAUUAAACUCUGAUUGGUCAGAGCCAUGGGACAGGACGAACCAGACCAGUCUUGAUGCAUCUGAUCGAGCUCUUCAGUUUAACCUCGGUUGGUUUGCUCAUCCAAUCUUCAAAGGUGACUAUCCAGAGAUUAUGAAGACCAAGAUCGCCAAGAAGAGCACUGCCCAAGGCUUGAGUGAAUCUCGCUUACCCGCAUUCACGCCAGAGGAGAUUGCCUACAUCAAAGGCACAGGAGACUUCUUCGGCCUCAACACCUACACAACCAACCAGGCAGUGGCAAACGUGGAAGACCUCUCUAAUCCUCCUAGCUACUGGAAGGACUCUGACGUCAUCUCUUGGCAAGAAGGGUCCUGGCCUGGAUCCGGUUCUGGCUGGUUGAAGAUAGUUCCAUGGGGAAUCCGCCGGCUCAUUAAUUGGAUUGAUAAUGAAUACAACGUACCAAUCUACGUCACUGAGAAUGGUGUCUCGACAGGCGACAAGUAUGAACUUGAUGAUAUCAUUAGACAAAAGUACUACCGAGCAUACAUUAAUGAGGUUUUAAAAGCUAUCGUGCUGGAUGGUUCAAAUGUCAAAGGUUACACAGCCUGGUCAUUACUAGAUAACUUCGAGUGGGGAGCUGGAUAUAGCGAGCGAUUCGGUCUCCAUUUCGUCGACUUCAAUGACCCCGAUCGAAAGCGACUAGCUAAAGGCUCAGUCGAUGUCCUAUCAGAAAUUAUCAAAAACAAUGGCUUCAUUAAAAGCGAUGACAAAGGUAAUGCUCAUGUCGUCACGUCAUAUGGUCUCGCCUUCACAUGCUUCGGGGUUCUUCUCUCUCAGAUUCUAAAUAUUUAAUUUCAAAGCAUUAAUAGUGAAGUGAAGUAAAGUGAAAAUACAUUUCUGAAACGUUUACGAAGUCUGUGUGAUCAGAUAGGGAAUAAAACAAAACAAUUAUAUGUUAUCAGAAUUGUAAACCCAUUGAAUACAUAUUUGUACAUUAAAAAGUGAAUUUUUUACACGUGUAUGCUUUAUGAACGGGUCUUUCUCUUUUCUUUUUUUCUUUUUUCUCUUUCUCUCUCCCCCCCCCCCUCUCCCUCCCCCCCCCCCCUCCUCUCUCUCUCUUUGCUUCACAUUCCCAUUAUUUCUUUCUUUCCCUCCCUCCUUUUCUAAGACCUGAGAUUAUUCUCCUCUUCCAUUCGUAUGUUAAUGUUGAAUAAAUAUAAUGCUAAGCUGAUCGUUAAUCAGCUAAACUGUAAUGAAACGAAAGUCAUUAUAAGAUGUCAACCUGUCCAUUUACAUUUCUAUUAAUUUCCAGUAUGCUUUGAAUCAUAUUGCCUAAAAUGCAAGUCUUGAAAAAUGAUGUCAUAAAUAACUUAUAUUUAUCUUGAAAAUACAAUUUACAUGCCUUAUGUUCUAUUCUUGAUUAAGGGUCUUAUCACAUCCAAAGCCUGUAAAACAACAGUUAAUAAAGUAAGGAAACGAUGUAAAUGCAUUCUUAGAGGGGUUAUGUUACGUAUCGGCAGUGAUACUGGGUUGCUUUUAAUGAAACUAUAACAAUAGUGGGUAUACAUUGAACAAAAACAUCAUGAAAAUAAAGAUAAACUUACAAGAAUGAUACAUGGUGUAAUAAUCUUCCAUUUACAUUCAUUAUUUAACAAUAUUCAUUGGAUGUUUUUUUUAUUUUAUUUUUUUUUUUAUUAACGUUUCAUUUGUGUCCAUGUUUAUGUUGACCUGAACUCUGUUUAAUGUAAAUCAUUUAAUCAAAGAUAUAUGGAUGGUAGACGAAUCGAGCAUUAUACAAACUGGACAUUAGAACGACUGGCAAUAAGACCAAAUGAGUGAUAUACCAAAUUGGUAGUCAACUUAUCGGAAAUUAGACCAAAUCUAAAUAGACCAGAUAGACUGGCUGGGAGUAGACCAUAUGGGAAUAGACCAAUUAGGUAGUAGACGAACUAGUUGUAGACUAAACGGUAAUAAACCGGAUAUUUUCCAAUGUUAUUCGUAAGAUUGUUCUGAAGGAAGCUUGGAUAUCAUCACAUUCAUUAAAAGAACUUUGGUACGAAAAAGUAAACAAUACAAACAUUUGGAUUAGCAUGAAAUACGCCCAUGAAAUACGCACGUAAUAUGCCCCGAAAAUGUAUUUAUAUCUUUAUUUGAAUUUGAUGAGUUCUUCAUGAUUGUAAGGUGUAUUUGUAUUUAUUACAUAACCUUCAUUCACAAUAUGUAUAUUGUGUUUUACAAAACAUAGGCAUAAUAAUUGUAAUUCACCGUA